AGUUAUGAAGAACGCUUGCUCGAGUGAAUUCCCUGCGUAUUUGAUCCAGAACGAUUUUAGUUAUGUUAGGAUGGAUGAUGGCAACAUUGCCACUAUUUUUAGAGACCGGAAACUUGGGGUUGAAAUGGAGAGUAAGACUUUUGAUUUUACGAAGAGGCAAGAAAGUGUACAGCAGAAGAGAGUUAAUACCAAUUUUGACAUGAGGUAUCAAAAUAGAGUUUUUAGGUAUUUUUAGUGGUAAUUUAAUAGUGAAGGUCGGGACCACAAACCUCAGCGACUUCUGAAUAACUCUAAUUUCCUGGAGAUGCAUAAUAAAGCUGAUAAUAUUAAGCUAAAGCUUUUGAAAAAUUCCUUAGGCCUGAAGCUUCAGAAUCAAAUCACUUGAAGGUAAUAAGUACAAACACUUGAAGCCCAAAACACUCAGGAACAAGUCUUUCUGUUUGAAUACUGGGUCUAAGGGGUUGAAUGUUAUUCUGAAGUAUGGGAUGAGUGCAGAAUUUCCUUUCCAGACGAGUGGAAGUAUUGUUCAUCCCUCCACUCGAUACAACAUCACAGAUGCUGGGCCUUUUAAUGCAAAGAAAUCUUUGAAAUCCAAAGAUGAGGUGAGAUCCUUAACCAGGGAUAAAAAGUCCUUGAUAAUCUCAGCUGGGGGCCGACCGCAAGCAUCAAGAGGGUUCUUCUCCCACCUAGCAAGUUGUGGACUUGAGAAGGCUAAGCAAACUAGCUUCGGACUCUACAAUAGGAUAAACCCUAAUUCUCAGAACCCAAGCUUAAAAGGAGAGCAUAAAAUUCCGAAAAUAAUGAAACGGACGUUAGUAAAAUCAAAAGCUGAGCAGAACAUCCCUGACCUAAAACAUAAGCUGCAAAUAAAGAAGUACAGGAGGAACAGGAAGGGAAUCUCAAAGAUUUUCUCUCCUAUCAACGAAAAUAUGGAUAUCAACGGCUUGAAGCAGUUCAAGAUCAAAAAUAAAAAGGAUGACCCCCAUAUAAAUACUUUUGAUAACAUUAAGUUUAUUGGGACCAAUAACGACCUUGAUUUCGACCUUGGUCUUUCUGGCAAACAAAUCAAAACUCAGCAGAUUAAAUUCGAAGACGAAGCUGAUGAUGUCCCAAAAAUACCCAAAAUUGAAGGAGUUGACAGACUUCCAAGUCCUCUAGAAGAGAAGAAGGAAAGUAGCUCAAGGAAGCAACCUCUCGAACCUUUUGUUUCAGAGGAUACUGUGUUUAAAGACAGCUUGAUGGACACACAAGUUCAAGCUCUAAAGUUUAAGAGCCAAAUUUAUUAUGAGCACAAGGAAAAUACAGCUAGGAGCAUAGAUAGGAACUUGAUUAACAAGAGACACCACACUAGUAAUUAUUAUAGCAAUAUUGCUAACCUUAAUUCAAGCCAUCAGACUACUUAUGAUGAGAGGAACAAACAGCAUGGGGAAGUUCAGCUCGAUACAUCAGAGAAAGUUGGACUUGAUACUGCCAGGAAUCAGUUAAACCCUGAUGUCUGCUUUGACACUUUUUAUAGUGAAAAUAAGACUAUUAUAAGCAAGAAGUCCCAUCCUAUUGACAAGUUUUUUAAGCAAGAGAAGAGCAUUAUCAGUAGGGAUGUAAGGAAUCUUACAGCAAUGCCUUCUGAAAGAGAUUUAAAAGGGUCGGUUACUCAAAGAAAUAAAGAAUUGAACACGCAAAGAAGUAGGAUUCUGAGUACCCAGAGAGGUAGAAACUCUAGUACUUACCGUAAAGGAAACUCUACCAGUAGAGAACAACCUUCAAGAAAUUUGAAUGUGUAUAACUCAAGUGGAAAGAAGUUCCUCAGCACAAAGACUACUCCAAAACUUGGUUCGUUAGUUAAAAAGCCUAUUUUCAGAAAUAAGAACCAUAAAAAGGAUAGCGCUCGUUCUAAAGCUAGUCGUCGACCUCAGAAGCACAAGGAGGUUAAUUUCAACCUGAAAAACAUUGAGAUCAAUCUUUCUAAGACUGCUUACCCAUCGCUUACUAAUAAGAGUUAG